AGUAGGCAGCUAAUAGCAAUCAGCAUUCAGAUUUCAGCAUAUUAUUCUAUACAGUUUACCACAAGUGAUAACAUAAUACAAAUAACUGCGAAUUAAAUGGAAUUAAUUUAAAUUAAAAUAUAAUUUAAAUCAAAGAUAAUACUAAAUUAAAAUAUCAAUCUUUGUUCUAUGGCUAACAAGAACAAAUAAAAAUAGAAUUUUGAUUUAAUUCUAUGUAUAAUCGAACAUUGUUUACCUCACAAUUUCGGCACAAUGGAUAACUCUACUUCAGCAAUGUUAAUGGAUCCUGUAACAGAUUAUUUGUAUCCAGCUUUAUUUCAGUGUUUCACUAUCAUUGUGUGUGGAUAUCUCGCUGGAAGACUAAAUAUUGUAACAAAAUUGGAGUCAAAGGGUAUUGCUACAUUCGUAGGCACAUUUGCUCUGCCUUCUUUAAUAUUUUUAUCCCUCGCUCGUUUGGACUUUAGUACAGUGAAUUGGAAGUUUCUCAUAGCAAUUUUGCUAGCAAAAGGGCUAGUAUUUUUUGGGGUUCUUAUAGUGUGCAUACUAGUAUCUAAACCAGUGAAUUUGGCACGAGCUGGAAUAUUUGCAAUUUUUUGUACACAGAGUAAUGAUUUUGCUUUGGGAUAUCCAAUCAUAAAUGCAAUUUAUGAGAAAACACAUCCUGAAUAUGCUCUUUAUUUGUAUUUGAUGGCUCCAAUUUCACUGGCUAUAUUAAAUCCUAUAGCUUUUGUGUUAAUGGAAAUAAAUAAACAAAAAGAAAUAGAGAUGUCAGCAUCAGACUCCAGUCAGAGGAAAAAUAUAAGUAAAUGGAAAAUGCUUUACCAAAUAUUUCGAGGUGUUAUAUUUAAUCCAGUGUUGAUAAUGACUAUUCUGGGUAUUAUUGGAAACAUAGUAUUUAAACAUAAACUUUCCAUCUAUAUUGAAGGAUUAUUGGAUGUAUUUGGGCAAUCCUUCUCAGCCUCAGCUCUGUUUCUCUUGGGUCUUCGGAUGGUUGGUCAAAUCACACGGUUAAGAGGCCCUGCACUUGUCUUGCCCUGUGUGUUAAUUAUGGUCAAAUUGAUAGUACUUCCAGUGGUAAUGCGUGAAUGUGUAAGUGGAUUAGAUGCAGGUGUUAAUGUGACAGACACACAAUCUCUCUCGACUUAUGCAUUUUUAUAUGGAACAAUACCAACUGCACCAGCAGUCUUUGUCUUCUCUAACUUGUAUCAACUGGAAAUUGAUUUGGUAGCGUCAUCUAUGGUGAUAUGUACGUUUUUAUCCGCCCCAAUGACAUUCCUGUCUGCUGAAGUGAUAACGAUGAACAAUGAUUAUGCAGAUAAAAUAAUAGCUUUCCGAUUUGAUAUAUCCAUAGUAGCUUUGAUAGCUGCUGUUUGGGUGCUAAUUGUCUUUUCUAUAACAAGGAAGUACAAAAGGAUGCCGCAUAGAUUGACACUUUGCUUGAUUUUGUCACAGAUAUUAUUGGCUAUAAGUAUUAUAUGGGGCGGGACAGAGAAAACUUUUACACCCACCUGGAGUACGAUAACUCAGCAAUCGUUGCAGAUGUUCAGUAUUUAUUCCUGCCUCCUUUGGACGUCUAUGCUCUCGGUGGGACUGUUUAUGUUGGAGAGCCGUGGCCCAUGUUUCGUGGUCACCCUUUGGCCCGUACUGGCGUUCGUGGCGUGGGGCGCUCCCGCAGUCAUGGUAGCAGCUCUGCUGAUCACCAAGCAGACUGGGACUAGCAUCAAUGCUGAUGCGUGUGACGCUAUUCGGCUAAGCGUCCUCUUCUUUUGUAUUACGGUGUCAACGGGCUGUUUAAUCUUGUACGUGAGGUUCCGACGCCGCAGCGCUCAGUUCUCGAGUCUCACUGAUUCCCCAACCAUCUCGCCGCCGGAUGAAUCAACCAGCUUGGUGGAAAACGCUGAACCGAUUUCCAAUACGCAAUCCAUAUCCAAUAAUAGCAUGGAGGAACAAGGGUGUUACGGUACUAUUACGGCAACUCCAUCUCCAAACAAAAAUUUGACAUGUUGCAAUAAUGACCCUAACUGUGAGAGUGGGAAUCUAAAUGAGGGUCAAGAUAUUGAAGAUAUCGCUAAUAAUAGUAAGGAAUGCGCGUGCCCGGCAUCCCAAAAAGGUCGUUGUAUUACCUCAGAAACCUGUCAAUACUUGAACGACCUGGAUCAGGCUGCCAGCGCCUUAGGCCUCGUGCCACCAGAACAGUCAAGAGGAAGAGGUGGGCAGUUAUUGAAACACACUGUUCUACUCAUCGCUUAUAACCUUACUAUGUUUAUUGGCGUAACAUUUACAACAUGGCGAGUACUGCGUAAGGACCAGGCGGGAGUGUUCAUAGAGAUACAGUUUCUGGACACGGCAGCUGUGUAUGGGCAAGCUCUGGUUAUGUUUGCCCUCUUUGGCCUUGACCCAGAAGAAAUAUUUAUACCAGCUGUUCGGUACUUCAAGAAGAAGUGGCACGGAGCAGACACUGUGGUGCUGCCCUCAAUAGAGGAAUUAAGUUUUGAAACUAAACACGUGUGCGAUCAGUUUAUUACGCAUCAUCUUGAACGCUGUAAGGAAGCCAUCGCUAAGGAUACACGGUGGCGCAUGCGCACCUACCACGGAGUAUUUCGCGGGUCAUGCCUAGUUCGUUGGUUAGUCUCCACUGGACUGGCAGCCGAUGAACACGCCGCUAUUGUUUACGGACGACAUUUACUAGAUGGUAGACUUAUAUCACAUAUUAAUAAGGCUCAUCAUUUUACAAAUUCACCAUUGCUCUAUACAUUUGCAUAGAUUUUAAUCGCUUUGUAAAUUGGUUUACCAACUUUUGUAAAUUGUUUCUAGAAGCCUCUAUAAUACGGUAUUACGAACAAAAUAUACAAAAAAACUGUUCGAAUUUUUGAUCUACCUAUGAAGUUCGUAAAGUUGGUAAUUCCGAUUACAGCCACCACCAAUUAUGACCAAACCAUAAAAAGAAAAUUUAAAAGAAUAAUGGUUUUCACAACGUAGGUUAAGGAAAUAAAUAUUUGCUUGAAAUAUCUUAUUUUCAUAUUAAUAUUUAAAUCGUAUUAUGCUAAAAAAUUAUUGUGUGCAAAAAACACUUUAUUUAAAAAAAUCGUGUAUUUCAGAAGAAUCUUUCCUGAUUUUACUUUAGAAUGUAUAAAUAUUUUUAUCAUUAAAAAAACACUUAAUCAUAUUCACGCUUUUUUACUUCUACUUAUAUUUUCUUGCGUAGGUUGUUUAGCGUUUGACGCAGUAGUAAAUUAUCUAACCCGUCCUUAGUUCGACACCGAAAUAUUUCUCUCACGUUUUAUAAUGUGACAAAUAAUAUUCUCAGCACAACAUACAUGUUUUUCAUUUAGCUGAAUGUUAGCGAGAUCUUCUUGACUGAUAGUUUUAUAUUUAUUGUACAAGUUUGCUGUGUUAAAGACGGGUGAUCGAGCAUUUAGACACUUCAUUAUGUACUUACAUUAUAAUGAUUUUUUGUGUAGUAUUUGUGUGAAAGUCCGCAGUAGAGAUGGGUAAAUACUGCGAUGCGUAUUUCCCCCUAAUUACCGAGCGCGGGUUGCAAUCAACUUUUAAAAUGUAUUAAUAACCCAAGUUUUCGUAAAAAAUAAUCAUUUUACAUGU